CUUUCUUACUCUGUUUCAGGAAUCCAAGAAGAAGAAAAUCAUCAUCCACUCACAAUCUCUGUUUCCACACAUCAUUAUUCUUUAAUCCAAUUCAAACAACCACAUCCAUUCCAAUUUUCUCUGGUUACAGAUAAUAAUUCCGUUGCAAAACCUCACACGAAGAAUGAAGGGUGUGAAAGGAAAGUUUCUGAAGAAGCUCAAAUCGAUAAAGCCAAUCGGGUAUCUCAAGCAAGAUCGAAUUCUCCAACUGAAGGCCUCAGAUGGGUACGUCGAUUUCCUUCCAAAGAUUCCGAGUUUCAACCUGCAUGCCCCAUUCGUUUUCCGGGAAAACAAACCCGACAAAACUGUUCGGAGCAGCGAGGAAGUGAAAAUGCAGGAAGAACCUGAGGUCAUAGACGUGGCAGAGCUGAUGAAAGACCUUGAAGAAGAAGAAGAAAUGGAUUUGGAAGAUUACAGUGACAACAAAGAGAACAUAGGUCCGUGUCCGGUGAAACCCCAACAACACAACAAGGGUGUUUUGCAGAGUGGGAACAGAGCAAAAACAGAGUCAAAACAGAGAGGGGUUUUGGAGGAAAAAAAGUCUUCACCGGCAAUAGUUGAUAGUAACAGCAACAGGAAAACCAAAACCAAAACCCCUUUGUUAGAUUCCGACAUUCCAUCAUUCCGGAGACCAGACUUGAACUCUGGCAGCCUAUUUGAUCCGAAUCUGCUGGCGGCGUUCGAGCAAGCCGUGAAGGAACAUGCUAGAAUGGCGGAAGAGCAGAGAAAACUCCGAGUUGAAGAAGAAUCUUCACAGAAAGUGGAAGAUGACGAUCUUGACGCUGACCCUAACCCUUUGAUGCUCUUUGAAGAGAAGUGUCCACCAGGGGGAGAUGGCACUGUGAUUUUCUACACCACAACGCUUAGGGGAAUCCGGAAGACAUUCGAAGACUGCAACAAAGUUCGCUUUUUACUUCAGAGUUUUAAGGUUUUGUAUUUUGAGAGAGACAUAUCAAUGCACAAGGAGUUCAGGGAUGAGUUGUGGUGCAGUUUGGAUGGGAAAUUAGUGCCUCCAAGGCUUUUUGUGAAGGGAAGGUACAUUGGUGGGGCAGAAGAAGUUCUUAGUUUGCAUGAGCAAGGAAAGUUGAAGAAAAUCUUAGAAGGGGUUCCGAUGGAUUACUCCAAUGGCCCUUGUGAAGCGUGUGGAGGGAUAAGGUUUGUGCUGUGCUUCAAGUGUAAUGGUAGCCACAAGGUCAUGGAAGAAAAUGGAGAGAACAAUCAGUGUUCUCAGUGUAAUGAGAACGGGUUGAUUUUGUGCCCUCAUUGCUGCUAGCAGAGGAAAACUAUGUCAGUUAUUAACACUUCUGUUUUCUACCUAUUGUGAUAAAGUUCUAUACUCGGUGUGUUCUAUCUAUUGUAACAGAGUUUUUGUACGUAAAUUUGUGGAACUGCAUUGUUUUUUCUUUCUUUUUGUUACUUAUCAUUCUUUCAAUUUUUUCACUGGUGAUAGGCACUUGGCAUGGCCUGUUUGUGCUGGUUCUUGGACCAAUCUUAAAGUCCUUAGAAUUUCAGAUUCAGUGUGCCUUUUUGAUGUAUUUAGUUUUAUACCUUAAUAAAAGGAUUCUACCGCUUGAA